AUGCAUCUUGCCAAUGGUAUAGACCGCACCACCUUUGAUGGUGAAAGCGAUGUCCUUCACCACAAUACCCUUCCGGCCGCUUUGCCUCGGACUCCUGACGAGCUUCCAUCAAAUAGCCUCGAGGGAACCCUGCCUGGGGUUCAGACCAUCCCCGAGCCCAUUGCGAUUGUCGGCAUGGCAUUGAGGCUCCCCGGCGGAAUCACCUCUCCCGAAUCCUUCUGGGAACUGCUGCUCAGCGGCGGCGACGUCCGAUCUCGAGUCCCCGCUAGUCGCUAUAAUGUGGAUUCUUUCUACAGCCCAUCCAGUAAGACAGGCUCUGUCAAAUCCACAUAUGGGUAUUUUCUUGAGAACGGCUUAAAGGAGUUCGAUACCUCCUUCUUCUCGAUGAAUAAAAUAGAGGUUGAGAUGUUGGAUCCUCAACAACGCCAGCUACUGGAAGUGGUCUGGGAAUGCAUGGAGAGGGCCGGGCAGACGAAUUGGCGGGGAGAGAAUAUUGGAUGUUAUGUCGGCGUCUAUGGGGAGGAUUGGUUGGAUCUCGUCUCUAAAGACACUCAGGAUGACGGCAUCUAUCGCAUCUCUGGGGCCGGCGAUUUCCUGUUGGCUAAUCGGAUUUCUUAUGAGUAUGAUCUGAAGGGACCAAGCAUGACCACAAAAACGGGCUGCUCUUCCUCCUUGAUCUGCCUGCACGCAGCCUGUCAAGCUUUACUCAACGGCGAUUGCGACUCCGCCAUCGUCGGUGGGACAAAUCUAAUAAUGAGUCCAGGUAUGACAGUGGCCAUGUCGCAACAAGGUGUCUUGUCGCCGUCCGGUUCCUGUAAGACCUUUGAUGCUGCGGCCGACGGGUACGCCCGAGCGGAAGCCAUCAAUGCCAUCUACAUCAAAAAAUUGAGCGAUGCCAUUGCCCAUGGUGAUCCGAUCCGUGCCGUCAUUCGGUCUACGGCGACCAACUGCGAUGGGAAAACCCCUGGACUGGCUGUUCCCAGUUCAGAAACUCAUGAAGCCAUGAUUCGCCGUGCCUAUAAAGUAGCUGGACUACCGGCGUCGCAGACGGGAUACGUGGAGUGCCAUGGCACUGGAACGCCCGUUGGAGAUCCGCUGGAGGUUCAAUCCAUUGCCAAUGUCUUUGGCAAUGAGGGCGUCUAUAUUGGUUCGGUCAAACCCAACGUUGGCCAUUCGGAAGGGGCAUCGGGCAUUACCAGCAUCAUCAAGUGUAUUCUGGCCCUGGAGAAUCGCGUGAUUCCCCCGAAUAUAAAACUGACAACCCCCAAUCCGAAGAUUCCAUGGGAAGAAAGUAAACUGCGUGUCCCAAAGGAGCCGACUCCGUGGCCCGCUGAGCGCUUAGAGCGAGCCAGCGUGAAUUCCUUUGGAAUCGGAGGAGCAAAUGCGCAUGUGAUUCUUGAUUCUGCCGCGUCUGUCCUGCAACCGUCAUCGUUGUCAUCGUCUCCGCGGGAUACAAAUGAAACAAAGCAGAACCAUCUGCUUGUCUUUUCCGCGAACCAUCCAGACUCUCUGCAAAGACUCAUUAGCAGCUAUCAAGAGUAUGCUGCCCGAUCCAAUGUCCUCGCGGCUGAUCUGGCCUACACCCUGGCCGCCCGUCGUGAGCAUCUCCCUCACCGAGCAUUUUGUAUUUUGAAUGGACAGACGUGGAAAGAAGUAAGCCGAACAGCAAAAGCCAAAUCGGCACAGACCCUCAAUUUUGUCUUUACGGGCCAAGGAGCUCAAUGGCCUGGCAUGGGAAAGGAAUUAAUCCAGCAGUAUUCCUCGUUUCGUAAGGACAUCCAUGACAUGGAUCGGGUCCUCCAAGAGUUACCGCAUCCGCCAACGUGGACAAUUCGAGGUGCGCUUGAAACUCCUGGGACUGCAGAGUCAAUGAGUGCAGAACUAUCGCAACCACUAUGCACAGCUAUACAGGUGGCGAUUGUCAAUCUACUGCGGGAAUGGGGCAUUACUCCAGCGGCAGUGGUCGGUCAUUCAAGUGGAGAAAUCGCUGCAGCCUACACAGCCGGGCCCUUACAGCUCGGCGCGAUGGCCGCUGUGGGACUAGGCCGGCAUGCUGUUGCCCCUCAUCUUAUCCCUGGGGUGUCCAUUGCCUGUGAGAACAGUCCCGACAAUGUGACAUUGUCGGGAAAUAUCAAGGAGGUCGAGCAAAUCAUGGCCAGUCUCAAAGAAGAGCACGCUGAUCUCUUUGUGCGCCGGCUGAAGGUCAACGUUGCUUAUCAUUCCGACCAUAUGGCCGUGCUGGGUGCCGGUUAUGAGUCCCUGCUUGCUGGUUACCUCGUCGAUCGCCAGCCGAAAAUCCCAUUCUAUUCCUCUGUUACCAGAGAUGUCAUCAAGAAAGCCGGUGCUCUGAGUGCGUCUUAUUGGCGUAAGAACCUUGAAUCGCCCGUCCUGUUCAAGUCCGCUGUCGAGCGUCUCGUCGACGGUUCCGAGAACAAGAAUCAUGUUUUCCUUGAGAUCGGACCUCACUCGGCCCUUUCGACACCCACCCGACAGAUUCUGCAGUCGGUAGGCAUCCAGGCACCGUACAUUGCCACUCUGCAGCGUGGCCAAGAUGGUCACGAAAAUCUCCUCACAACGCUGGGAAAUCUGUAUCUCGAAGGGCUGCAGCCACACUUUGCGGCGGUGUACGGUUCCGAGGAAGGAACCUUGCUUCACAACACUCCCAACUAUCCGUGGCACCACGAGGCGCAAUAUUGGUACGAAAGUCGAAUUUCGCGCGAAUGGCGAUUGCGUCCGUUCCCCCGUCACGAGCUUCUGGGCUCUCGCAUCCUCGAGGGGAACGAUCUCGAGCCCACCUGGCGGAAUGUGCUGCGGCUGAGCAACGUACCCUGGUUGCGCGAUCACAAGGUGCACGAAGACAUCGUCUUCCCCGCAGCAGGUUAUAUUGCUAUGGCUGGAGAAGCCGUGCGGCAAGUGACCAGGGGAGCGGUUGAAUGUGCCAGGUAUUCUCUUCGACGACUAAAUAUCACGAGUGCUAUGAUCUUGCAAGAUACGCAGAAGACUGAAGUCAUGACAAGUCUUCGGUCCGCGGCGUUGACCACCUCGUUGGAUUCUGAAUGGUAUGACUUUUCCGUUGUGUCCUUCAAUGGGUCGUCUUGGACCAAGCAUUGCUUUGGUCAGGUGCGAGCAGACUGGGAGGGUGAGAGGAAGCAAGCUAUUCCUCAAGAUCAAUGGAGACUACCGCGAGCGGUUCCCUCUCCACUGUGGUAUCAGACCUUGCGGGAUGUGGGAUACAACUACGGGCCAGAAUUCCAAGGACUGCAAGAUAUCGCCGCCGAUACCUUGAAGCAGAUGGCGUCCGCUACAGUGCUGGAUGCUGAUCACCGAGAAACAUCAUACCAACUCCAUCCUACCACCAUUGAUUUUUGUUUGCAAAUGAUUAGUACAGCACUAGCCCAGGGAAUUCCGCGCCAUCUCCGUCAGCUGGUGGUUCCGACUGAAGUCGAGGAGAUUCAAAUAGAGCGCACUUCGAGCCCUAUUCAUCUCCUGGUUACCGCCCAAAGUCCCCCUGGCUCUAACGGUGAAGUGAGGAGCGAUAUAUCUGGGUUCUCAGGGGACUCGACCGAACAAAUCCACAGUGUGGUCAACUUCAAAGGAAUCAAGCUGAUGCCUCUAUCAAAUGAUGGGCAUACGGAGGCGAUAGAAGAAGAUCCUCACGCUGGAGCGCAGCUGCGAUGGGCUGCAGACGUGGACUUCAUUGACUCUCGCACCCUAAUAAAUCCGCUUGGCUUGAAGACAAGGUCAGCUCGCCUACUUUGUGAACGAUUGACAGUCCUAUGUAUCAUUGACACUCACGAUCGGCUAUCUUCUCUGCCGCCCGGCAGCUCCGCUCAUCUCGACAAGUUCCGAGCUUGGAUCAAAGCAGAAACUGCCCGCGCUCAACAAGGGGAUGAUGAGCUGAUUGAGGAUGCACAAGACCUGGCUAAAUUGAAUGUGCACGACCGACGUGCAAUAAUCGAAGCCGUGGCUGCAGAGAUCCAAUCCACUGAGAUGGCUGCGAUUGGCACCGGUAUCAUGCAGGUGCAUGAAGCCAGUGAACUGGUCCAUAAGGGGGAGAAAGAACCGCUCGAGGUGCUGAUGCUCAACAAUGCAUUGACCAAUCUCUACAAUCUCUGCCACAGUCUGAUCGAUGUCACGCCUCUCCUCAGCGCCAUCGGCCACGAGAACCCCACCCUUCGAGUCCUCGAGAUCGGUGCGGGUACCGGAGGAACCACGGCGGCGGUACUGGAGGCGCUGAAAAAAGGAUCCGCUGCCGAGCUGCGGUACUCCAGUUACACUUUCACAGAUAUUUCGGCGGGUUUCUUCGCGCCUGCUAAGGAACGCUUCAAGGCCGAGCGAUUGAUGCGAUACGCCACCCUCAAUAUUGAGCAGGAUCCAUCCACCCAGGGCUUUGAGUCCGGGCAGUACGAUCUCAUCAUUGCCUCAAACGUGUUCCACGCAACAUCCAGCCUCCAAACCACCCUGAAGCAUGUUCGGCAGCUGCUGCACCCUCGUGGCCGCUUGGUCUUUAUCGAGUUGAGUCCCAGGAUCCGCUUCCUGAAUUAUAUCAUGGGGAUUCUGCCGGGAUGGUGGCUGGGAGAAGCGGACGGUCGUGUUGAUACGCCGUUUGUCUCUGUCGACCGCUGGGACCAAGAGCUACGUGAUGCAGGGUUCAAUGGCGUCGAAGCAUCGGUUUAUGAUGAUGAUACCCCUCACCAAAUUGACGCCGUCAUUGUGGCACGUCCUAAGGAAACUCUUCCUAGUACAUCAUCAUCAUCGUUAUCCUUGGGGAUUACCCUUCUGAUCUCAGACAAUCAAAUCCUCUCUUCUUCGACCGUCAUCGAAACAGUCACAAAUAUCUGCUUAUCCAAGGGGCUACGUGUCGACGUCCGUUCACUAGGCGAGACUCUCCCCCGAGACCAGGACAUCAUAUCCCUUCUCGACCUCGAUGGCCCAUUCUUCUUGGACAUUGAUUCCGAGCGGCUGAAGCAAUUCCAGGCCAUCGCAGAGGGUCUUGUGUCGUCUGGCAUGUUAUGGGUAACUCGAUCUGCUCAGGUCGGUUGCUCGGAGCCGGGGUAUGCUCUUGUUCUCGGGCUUGCCAGGACCUUGAGGUCUGAACUCUCGAUAGAUCUCGCGACGCUAGAAGUAAAUGAGUUCACUCCAUCCACCUGGGUGAUUGUGCUGGAAGUAAUGGACAAGUUCAUGCGACGAGACCGGAGCGGGCACAUGGACCAUGAUUUCGAAUACGCCCUGGCCGAUGGAGUUGUUCAGAUUGGGAGAUUCGAGAAGUUUAGUGUAUCAAAGGCACUGCAGCAGAAGGAAGAGUCUAGUCUAUCUGGGACCACGAGUGCAAAGAGAUUGUCUAUUGGGAAUUUUGGAUCGCUGCAGACUCUUUGCUGGGUGGAUGAGUCGUCGAGACCUUUGCAGGGCAGAGAGAUUCGAGUGGCCACUCGCGCUGUGGGACUGAACUUCCGCGACGUGGUAGGGGCGUUAGGAGUGGUUGAGAUCCCGCGCGGGUUUGGAUUCGAGUGCGCCGGGAUCGUGACAGAGAUCGGGCCUGAUGUUGAAAACUUACAACCAGGCGACCGUGUCGUGGUGUUGGAUGGAGGCAGCUUUGCAACACUUGUCACCACCAGAGCUGACUUUUGCGUGCGACUGCCACAGUCGCUCACGUUUGAGGAAGCUGCAUCGAUGCCAGUUGUGUAUGGAACUGUCAUCUACGCCCUGAUAGACCUUGCUCGGCUGGAAAGUGGCCAGACGAUUCUUGUCCAAUCAGCCGCUGGAGGAGUUGGAAUUGCAGCGAUUCAGAUUGCCCAGUAUCUGGGUGCGACGGUAUACGCCACCGUAGGUAAUGAGGAAAAGGUUCAAUUUCUCACCGAGACCUUCGGAUUACCACGCCACCACAUCUUCCACUCACGCAAUACCUCCUUUUUGCCGGACUUGCUACGGGAGACAAAUGGGAAAGGGGUGGAUGUGGUGUUGAACUCCCUAUCAGGCCAGCUGCUACAUGCCUCGUGGGAGUGUGUAGCGGAAUUCGGCAAAAUGAUUGAAAUCGGAAAACGGGAUUUUGUUGGCCAUGGUAAACUUGAAAUGAAUGUGUUUGAGAAGAAUCGGGCCUUCUUCGGCGUUGAUCUGUGGACGUUGACUCAGACCAGACCGGCUCUUGGUCAAAGUCUUCUGGAACGAUCGGUCCGCUUCUUCGAGGAUCAGAUCGUGAAACCCAUCUCCCCGCUGAAAACCUUCAAUGCCCGCGAGAUUGGCGAUGCCUUCAGCCACAUCUUUGCCUUCGACCCCAACCGCCCGAAGUCUCCAGCUGCGGGCGGAUCGCUCUUACCUUCUGUUUUCUUGUCCCGGUCGGCGACCUCGCCAGCCCAUACGGACUGGUUGGCCGAGCUGAGAUCGCAGGGAUGUGAAGUGCAGACCAUCUCAGGGAGUGUGAUCGAUCUUGACGAUGUGAAGCUCACAGUAGAAAACGCUUCCAAGCCGAUCGGUGGCGUGAUUCAAAUGUCCAUGGUCUUACGCGAUCAAGGAUAUCUUCAAAUGUCGCACGAGGAAUGGCAGACCGCGGUCGCACCCAAAGUGCGUGGCACGUUGAACCUGCACGAGGCGACGCAAGAGAGCCCGUUGGAUUUCUUCGUCCUCUUCAGCUCCAUCUCAGGCGUCAUCGGCCAAGUGGGACAAGCCAACUACGCUGCCGGCAACACAUUUCUCGAUGCCUUUUGCCAGUAUCGUAGACAGCUCAGUCUUCCAGCCUCUGUUCUUGAUAUUGGCGUGUUGGGGGACAUUGGAUACGCGAGUCGAAACAGCACAGUGCUGCAGAAAUUGAAAACGAGCGGCUUCUACCUCCUCCGUGAGCAGGAACUGUUGGACUCCUUGCAGUUUGCAAUUUUCCAGUCCACACCCAGUUUCUCCUCCUCUUCCUCGGGCUUUCCUGAACAGCAGGGAUUCUGCAAUCCUGGCCAGCUCGUCAUCGGUCUGCGCAGCACGCUCUCGUGGACCGAUACGAAGAAUCAAGUGCGCUGGAAACGCGAUCGUCGCAUGGCAUCCUACCAUAAUGACAGCCAAGGGGGGGAAGCCACCACCGCGUCAACCGUCAACAACGAAGGCCUCAAACAAUUUCUGUCCGAACUGGCCAUGAAUCCAAUUCUUCUCGCGAAGCCGACGACCCAUGACUUGCUCGCACAGGAAAUCGGGCAGCAGCUGCUGACGUUCAUGCUGCGACCGGAGGAGGAGCUGGAUAUCUCCCAGUCUUUGCAGGCCCUGGGAAUGGACUCGUUCGUCUCGAUCGAAAUCCGCAAUUGGAUCCGGCAAAACCUCGGGGUGGAUUUGAGUGUGCUGGACAUUAUGUCCUCGGCGUCGGUUCGUCAUCUGGGCACAAAGGUGGCGGACGGAUUGCGCGUGAAGUAUGCGACCAGUAUCGAUGAUGCUGGCGAUACUUACCUUCUCAUGAAGGCGCCAUAA